AAUUCCUUAUUUCCUAAGCCCCAAGUAAACCCUUGCUUAAUUCACACAUAGUAAUCUACCAAACUCUUUCUCACAUAUACUUAUAGCAGAGAGAUACAGUUUCCAAUAAAAGAAAAUGAAGGGAGGUACAGUGAAAGAGGAAGAAACAUUCGCAUUUGCAGCUGCUGCUCCUUCUUCACCUUCAUCCUCGACUUCCAACCUCUUCCCGCAACCAAGGGAAGGGUUGCACGAUGUGGGUCCACCUCCGUUUCUCACCAAAACCUUCGACGUGGUCGAAGACCCUUCCACCAACGACAUCGUCUCCUGGAGCAGAGCACGCAACAGUUUCGUCGUUUGGGACUCUCACAAGUUCUCCACCACCAUCUUGCCUCGUUACUUCAAACACAACAAUUUCUCCAGCUUCGUCCGACAACUCAACACCUAUGGUUUUAGAAAAGUUGAUCCUGACAAAUGGGAAUUUGCGAACGAAGGUUUUCUGGCGGGACAGAGGCACUUGUUGAAGACGAUCAAGAGAAGGAGGCACGUAACACAGAUGCAGUCACACGAGGGAGGAAGUGGAGCUUGCGUUGAAUUGGGGGAGUUUGGAUUGGAAGGUGAGAUUGAGAGGUUGAGGAGAGACAGGACAGUUUUGAUGGCUGAAAUUGUGAAGUUGAGGCAACAACAGCACAAUUCAAGGGAGCAAUUGUUGUCCAUGGAGAGCAGAUUGCAAGUCAGCGAGAAGAAACAUCAGCAGAUGAUGACUUUUCUAGCUAAGGCACUCGACAAUCAGACUUUUAUUCAGCAGUUCCUUCACAGGAACGCUCAGAAGAAAGAGUUGCAAGGUGGUAGAAGAAAAAGGAGAUUAACUGCUUCCCCAAGCGUGGAGAAUUUGCAGCAAGAUCCUGUGAUUGAUGCGGCAUUGCCUGUUGAAGAAGAAUCCACUAAUAUUGAGUCGCACAUGGAGUCUCUUCUCUCAGCUGUUUGUGAUGAUGAUCCAUUAGAAUCGAGCUCUGAAUUAGAAGACCCGAUUUUAGGUUCAGUUCCUACAACUGGUGGUGGUAGUGAUUUGGGGGUGGUAAGUGAUGCAAUCUGGGAGGAUUUACUGAACCAAGACUUGGUUGCUGCGAACCAUGAGGAGGAAGUUGUGAUUGGUGAUUUUUCACAAGUUGAUGUUCCUGUGGAGGAUUUGGUUGCUGAUCCUGAUGAGUGGAGUGAGGAUUUGCAGAACCUUGUGGAUCAUAUGGGUUAUCUUGCGUCCAAACCCUAGUUGACUAUGACAAUUUUUAUCAUCUAGGAGUUCAGAUAAACUAUCCCCCCUAGAACCAUUGUGGUAUAAUUUCAUGAGGCUUCAUUGAUUUGUUAAUAUUUGUGGCUUGAUAAUUUAUGUGAUUGUAAUUGAUGUAGCAUAUGAAUGAUUGCAGCAGGGAAGGUGGUUGCUGCAGAAGAGGUCCUGAGAUAUUGCUCUUUGUCUGCUGUAUCCUUUGUAAACAGACAUGUGUUUUGUGAAUAGCUGAGUAUUUCUUGUACCAGUAAUGAUGAUACUGUUUUUACUAUGUUGGUGCCCCCUUUGGAUAACUACAUUGGACGUUUUCUUUUGCAGGUAGGUUAAAACAGAUGUCGAAGGGGCCUAUUGAUUGGGAAAAGAUGUAGUCAUAAUCUAACGGUAAUUUGUUGAAUUGUCAAAUUUUCAGUGUGGAGAGACUGUGAAGUAAGAUCAUUGACGGAUUCCAAAGAAGAAUAUGAUUAACAAUUCCUUUACUCAUCAGCUAUAGCUCACCUUCUCCAUCAGUACACGCUGAAUAAAGGAAAUAACCUUUCUUCCUGU